AGAGAUAGAUCACGGAGGACCCGAAUCUUCCAAGCAUCAGUGGUUCACUGUCUUGCUUCCAAGCAGGGCUUACAGGCGAGGGAAUCUUGGUGAGCCAAGGUGUGGAUUGCCUACAACAGAUCAGUACCUGCUGUCACUUGUUUGCCUGGCAGCCUUCCACUAUACCUCUGUUGGAUGUGGGCGAACCAGGUUUGGCCAGUUAGUCUGCUGACGAUGGUUUGACUGUUCAGUUCCCCCAUGCAGGGUCGUCUCUGAUCGAGAUUUUUGUUCUUCAGCACAGCAUCGACAUCGGUAUGGCGAUCAAACAUCUUGUUUGUGGGCUUUGAGAUGUGCAGGAAGGACCCCUGAUAGUAAGUUUUCCAUCUUGAAUUACACUUUUCCAGCACUAUGGCAGGAAGGACAUGUGAGGCCGAUUCUGCCGUCAGACUGGAUGCUUUGCCGACUGCAGCUGCGUCAAUGUUAGCACAUUGUAUCUCCUGCCGGCAACACAGCAAGCGAAGAUGGGUGUAACUGUGUUUUAUAACACAACGGCAUGCAAGAUUGCUGCAGUGGUCGAGGUGGAAUGUAUGUUUCCUAUGGCCAAAGAUGGCGGCGUGAUGCAAACUCGACAACAAAGAUGAUUUUGCACAACUUUGCGCCGGAGAGUUGAAAUAAUCCGGAUUUGAGAGAGAAUCGUGGUUUUAGUGCAACUGCCAGUUUUGUUGGGCUCGGGAUUAGAAACGUGGUCGAGGAAGGAAGGGGAGAGAGCAGUUGACAAUUUGGAUGGAAGGUGGAACUUGCAGCCUGGAGAAUGGAAGAAGGAACUGUAGUGAGCUAGCGGAUAUCUUUUGGUUCAAGUAGUCAGCCAGAAUAUUCAUCAUUUCCUCUGCCAAAUACACUUGUUUUCCAUUC